GCGGUGUUGCAUUCCGGAACAAUUAUCCUGUGGGACAUAGCUUAUAUCGUGACGUGGUUGGAGUGAUAGAAAUAAACUACAUUAGUGAACGAUCUGUAGUUAUGGACUAAUUCAGUUGGUAUUUUACUCUCAACAUAUGUCAAACAGUGCAGUCUUGUCUGGCAGGCAUUGAGACCUCUUGGCAUUGUGGUUCUUGUUGAUUUGAGGCUUCUGCGCGGGGACACGCCUUUCAUCCUUAGCGCGGUGACUCUCUGUCCCUGCGUCAUCAUGAAGCUGUACAGCCUCAGCGUCCUCCACAAAGGAGCGACAAAAUCCAACCUCCUUAAAUCUGCCUAUGACCUAUCCUCCUUUAGCUUCUUCCAACGCUCCAGUGUCCAAGAGUUCAUGACCUUCACCAGCGCCUUGAUUGUGGAGCGUUCUGCACACGGCAGCCGAGCCUCAGUCAAAGAACAAGAGUACCUGUGCCACGUGUAUGUGAGGAAUGACAGUCUGAGUGCAGUGGUGAUAGCAGACAGCGAGUACCCUCAAAGGGUCGCCUUCACACUACUAGACAAGGUGCUAGAGGAGUUCUCCAGACAAGUGGACAGCAUCGACUGGCCAUCUGGAACCCCUGAAACCAUCAACUACAAAGCUCUGGACAUCCACCUGGCCAAGUACCAGAACCCCAGAGAGGCAGAUGCUAUGACCAAAGUGCAGGCUGAACUGGACGAGACAAAGAUCAUUCUGCACAACACCAUGGAGUCUCUGUUGGAAAGAGGGGAGAAGCUGGAUGAUCUGGUGCAGAAGUCUGAACACCUGGGGAACCAGUCUAAAGCCUUUUAUAAGACUGCACGGAAGCAGAACUCAUGCUGCGAGGUCAUGUAAUGACUGUGAACUGUCCUUUUAAACACAGCUCUUGGCCUUUCUGCUCAUCCUACAACUCCCAUCAUGCCCCAGCCUCCAGGAGAUAGAAUGGCCUCCGCUCAGUCACUGGGAGGGCACAGAGGCAGUUGGGUGGGGGGGUUGGCAGGGGAAAUUAUUAUAUUUAUUUGCUUCAUUGUAACCUCUCAAAAGGCAUUGAGGUGGUUCAUAGCCAGCCAGGAUGUGGUCCAUCAAUAACGUGUUGUUUGUAUCUUUGGUGGUUUGUUCUUUGAAAAAAGUCUUAAAGCGUUUCCUGAAUUUCAGCCUGUAUCAGAAUCUUGUGUUUUGAAGGAGGAGAGAUUAAGUUCUCAUGCUUGGCUUUAAAGCAACCCUGACAAUCUCGCUCUGUUCUAUGUAGUAACUCACAGCUAACGUUAAAACAAGAGAUUUCUGGAACCCAGGAUCUGCUGGUGUUCUCGUAAAGGUCUUGUAGUGUCGUCAUAUUUUAUUUUCCCACUAGAUGGUGCUGUUUCCUCACAUUCGUAGUUCAGGUAUAUUCAGUUACAUAUUUAAAGGGCCUCUGUAUCCUGGAGGAAUUAUAUUCUAUGUAUUGUGAUUUGGGGGAGCAGUGGCUGUUUGUAACUGGGUCUGAGACAUCAGAACUCCAUGAUCAAAUUGCUCAUUUCCACAGAAUGUUUUAGCGUAGUGAUUUAAUCGUAUUGAAUCAUGUUUUUUUUUGUGGAGGCAUGUGAAAACUUUGAAAAAUGUCCGAGUUUUUGAUUGGUAUUGCUCGUGCGGAUGGGCUUGUUAAACUAAAUUGGGUAGCCUGUACUUAGAAAGCAGUGUGUAGUGAUGUCUUAUUGAGCCUUAUUGAAUUAUGGGUUACAUUGAAGUCCUGCUGUGUAUGAGUAUGUGGUAUGAAAGGCAGGUCUUGCAGUGUCCUACUGGAGUUACGCUGUAAUCCCUCCAAAGCUUUUUUUAAAUGUUGUGUUUCACAGAGUAGGCUAAAAAAAAAAGUGUUUGUUGUCCGAACUAUUGAUAUAUAUAAAAACUGGAUUGUUGACACUAUGUAUUGACUAUUGAGAGGUUUUGAAGCCACUGGUUGGCCAUAUUGGUACUCCCCAGUAGGAAUAGUCCUCCAUAGGAAUUAUUGAAAUUCUACAGUAUUUCAAUUACAUUUUUCAAGGACAAAGUUACAUAUAUUGAAAUGUUUUUGUUGUAAGAUUAGUAAUCUCUAAAAAAUGAUACUUUAAAGAAUUUUUUUUUUUUUUUUCAUUUUGUAUUUUUAUGUUUUGCUCACAUAAUUUAAAAGUAUGCAUUUAAGGUGUCUGUUGUAGAAUAAAUGCAGCAAAAACAAAUGUAGACAUUAAUAAAUGAAUUUCUAUAGAUUCCAAAAUAUUUUUUAUAAUGCUGGGGAGUGCCAAGAUGGAGACAUGCUAGCUUUAACACAGUGCCCCCUAUUAGUCAUGUAGUGUUUAUCUAAAUCAUUGGUCUGUCUGGAUGCAGUCUUAAGAUGGCUCUCACAAUGAAUCAGCCAUCACCCACCCACCAAUGGGUUCUGAUCAUAGAGCUAGAUAUAGGACACCUUUUUAGCUGUGCCAUUAUAGCGCAUGUCACAGCAUAGGCAGCACCACUGAGGCUGCAACCCGUAGGAAUACUCACCCAGUUGACUAUUUUAAAAUGGCGGAAGUAUGGUGGAAGCCCUCAAUGACGCUGCCAAUGCUAAAAUAGCAUUUUGGCCACUAGAGGCCUUUAUCAUUCUCUAUAGUUAUGAGAGGUAAUUUAUGCUUGAUCAGAAAGUGUGGUCGGAAACUCCGUAUGGAGAUGUGACAUAAUUGCAGAGCAUCCGGAGGCACGCUGAGGCCAAAUUGUUGGACAAAGCGAGAUGGAGAGAGGCCUUUGAUAUUUUAUAUGUAGUUUAUCUUGCUGCUUUAUUUUGUGUCUUAUGACCUGAUUGUGUGUGUGUGUGUGUGUUGUGUUUGUGAACGUCUGUGUGCAAAUACAUAAUUAGUCUGUGACCUGAACUGCUCUUAUUGCUUUAUGGCACAAUUUCUGUGUAACUUCUAGAAGCUGACUACCCUCUCCAUAAUGUUGGAUGUGGGGCAAACAGAUAGUUAACUUGACACCAGGGUUUCCAAUGAAGGACACUUUGAUGACUCUUGUACACUUAUGAUCAACUCCCCAAAUGAAGAAAGCCAAGGGUGAACAAAAAAAAAACAUUUUCUCUGAGGAAUUUGUUCUGUAAACGUUUAAGUUGUGCUGAAAACUUAAAUACUGUUACAAAUGCUAUUAAAGUUAAGCUGUAGCUAUUUAGUGAUUUGUUUCUCCACUUUAAAUAUCAUGUCUUAAUUAGGAGAGAGAUGUUCUGUAAUUUAUUUAGUUAAAUAGCACAUCAUGGAAUUGGAAGCAAACAUUGAAGAUGUUGUAUUAUACAUAUUUUGGACAUUUAUUUAGCUGAAACACUGUUUACAGAAGUUGUAAUAUUGCCUGGAUAAAAAACAAAAGGCCUUGAA